CGGGGCUGAGGGCGGCAAUAAAGUAUGAGGGACUCCCUUGUGCGGGGUCUGUGCUCCCCGAGUGUGCGGAGUCUGUGUCCCCCGCGUGCCUGAAAAAUACAGCAUGAACCUGUGUGCCGGUCUGUGCUCCCGCCGUGUGCCGGGUGUGCUCCGCGCUCCUGCGAGCGCGGUCCCGGAGCUCCGAACUCCUCCGUGCGGGAGCGCGACCGCGAGUGUGGGCAAGAGCUGGCGCUCCCAGGGCCCUGCAGGGGCUGCGGUCUGCUAGACGAGGUCGAACUGCCCUAAUUCACCUGUAAACCGAGACAUGCGUGCCGCAGCAUGUGUCUGUCAUGUGGCUCCUCUGGCACGUACAGAUUCCUGCAUCAAUUUGCCAGCGUGCGCAGGCAUAACACCGACCCAGGCUAAAGAACAAUGGCUUCCUUCAGCAACCUGACUAUCGGCAUUGCUGUUGCCAGUUUUACUGUAUUUCAGCUCCUGUUCCAUGUUUUAAGUUCCUGGGUGUCAACACGAAUAACACCAGGUUUUAAAAAUCUCAGCCAAAAAAGGAAGAUUGAAUGGAAUUCAAGGACAGUGUCCACAUUCCAUGCCUUGGUGGUUGGAGGGUUUUGCCUAUAUAUUUUGUUGUACGAUGAUGCUGUUAAUGCUGACCAUCUCUGGGGUGACCCUUCAAUUGUGAAGCUGAAUAUUGCUAUUACCACAGGCUACCUCAUUUCUGAUCUGUUGCUUAUUAUUUACUACUGGAAGGCAAUUGGUGACAAAUUUUUUGUAAUACAUCACUUGGCAGCUCUGUAUGCUUACUAUUUUGUACUGAGCAAAGGUCUGCUGGCUUAUUUUGGAAACUUCCGUCUACUUGCAGAGUUCUCCACUCCUUUUGUCAAUCAACGGUGGUUUUUUGAAGUACUGGGAUAUCCCAAAUCUUCAAAGGCCAACAUCAUGAAUGGUGUGCUGAUGACAGUUGUGUUCUUCGUGGUGAGGAUUGCCGUCAUGCCUAUAUAUUACAGCCACGUAAUUGCUUCGUUUGGAACAGAAGCUUUCCACAGAUUAGGAUUUGCAGCCCAGAGCGCCUGGAUUAUCUCAAGUGUUGUCUUGGAUAUUAUGAACGUGAUGUGGAUGGUCAAAAUUGCGAAAGGAUGCUACAAAGUCAUUUGUCUUAUUGGACGGGAGGAAGCCAAAACUCACAGAAAUGGAAAAUCUGCCUAGAAAUCAUACAUAAAAUGAAAUUUCUGCUAUGAAAA